AUGAACAAUCCAUUUCAAAAUCCAAUAGGCAAUCCAAACGACCCAAAUAAUCAAUUGCUCUUAAUGUCUCUUGCUUAAGUAGAUUCACAAAAUAUGUUCUUCUUUUUAAUGCAAAACCCUGAUUUUGUUGAAAAAUAAGAUGAAACUUUAUUCAAAAAGACUGCAAUAGGAUUUGUAAGAAAUACAUUAGGUAUAUUUGCUUUGGGAACAGUGCUUAAUUUAUAAAUGAAAAGAAUCCCUAAAUUUUUGACUUGGCCCAUUUAUGUUAAAAUUCCUUUAAGAAUCCCUGUCUUUUUUAGCCCAUUUUUCUUAUUUUAAUAAUCGCUAACAAACUAACUUGAUAACUUAACAUAAAUGCAUCACAAAUAUUAUACAAGAAUAUUAAGAGUCAAAAAAACUGGCGAUUUACGAUACUUUGAUCCAUAAGGUGUAUUGCAAAAAUAAUUUGAAUAAAAAAUGAAAGAAUUAAUGAAAUGAUUUAUUAUGUAUCAGAUGUUUUGCCUUCAUUUUUAUUUUCAA